CGCCCCCAAGCCUUGGUCAUCCACUCAUCCAUCACCAGCCUCGCUUCGCAUCAAGCAAUCGGCCGAAGCAAGCAAUCUAGCAACUCCAGCCGCCCAAGGCAAGAGGAAGCGUCGGAGAGAACCAAUCGGCAGAGAUCCAAUGGCGACGGCACCGUCCUCAUGCGCCGCGUCGUUCCCGGCCCUCCCGGCGGCUGCCCGGCCCCGCGCCGCCGGGGUGAUCUGUGCCGCGGGCGGCAGCGGCAAGUGGUGGGCGCCGCUGCUGGGGUGGUCCGGGAAGGCCGACUACCUGGAGGCCCCGGCCCCGGUGGUUGUCCAGGACGGCGCCGUGGCGGCGGCGGCCCGGAGGCAGUUCGUGGGUGGGCUGACGGAGGAGAAGGCGCGGGAGCUGCGGGCGCGGAUGGCGCAGACGGAGUCCUUCCACGACGCCAUGUACCACUCCGCCAUCGCUUCCCGCCUCGCGCGCUCCGCCUAGGCCAGGCGGCACGGCCGCCGGAGACGACGCAGGCGCGAACCAGCUCGCCGGCGCCGCCAUCCCACCUCCGUCUCCGCGUGCACUGUACAUAGUAGUUGCCGAGGCGAGGAGGAUUGAUUAGGCGAGCGAGAGGGAGGGAGGGAUUAGGGAAGGGGGACUCUGGUUUUUAGCGCGGAGAUCCCAUUCCCGCUCUGAUCAGUGAUCUCUGCCGCAUGCAUCUGUUUUGAUCCCACAAUCAGUUGCGGGUGGCAAAUUGAAAACAUUGUUUGUUUCUGUUACGAAUUCACGACGAUCACAGCUUCAUGUUUUGAUGAAUUAUUAGAGCCCUUCUUCACAGCUUGCAGAGUUUUUUUUAAAGAGAAGCCUACGACGAAGCUAUUUCCACCUUA